AUGGCUGCCAAGGAAAACGCCCAGAGCAUCAAGGUGCUCGACGAGCUCCUGUCGAAGCUCAACAUCUCCAAGGAUGCCGCUGAGAUCAAGGGCUCCUCUCUCGAGCUGGCCUCUUUCAUCAACGGUCCCAUCCAAGACUUCGAUGUUCCCAUCAAGACCAUCGAAGGCCUGAAGAAGCAGCUCGGCAACAAGAAGGAUGCCGCUGCUCGCGAGAGGGCUCUCAACGCCAUCGAGGCCAUUGCCCGCCACUCCGAGGUCUCUGCACACGUCGAGCCUUUCCUCGUCGCCCUCCUCCCCGGCGUCCUGGCUGGCGCCGGUGACAAGAUCACCGCCGUCAAGACCGCUGCUUUCUCCGCCGGUCUGGCCAUCUCCGAGGCCGUCAACCCCAACGCCAUCAAGAACCUCAUCCAGCCCCUGAACGAGUCUCUCCGAAAUGCCCAGAAGUGGCAAGAGAAGAUGCUCGUCCUGGACAUCCUCGACAAGCUCGUCGAGACCGCCGCCGUCCAGACCACCUUCCGUGUCCCCGAUCUGCUGCCCGUCAUUUCCGAGGCCAUGUGGGACACCAAGAAGGAGGUCAAGGAGCGCGCCUACAAGGCCAUGGAGAAGCUUUGCACCCUCAUCUCCAACAAGGAUAUCGAGAAGUUCAUUCCCGAGCUCAUCAAGUGUAUCGCCAAGCCAGAGAACGUCCCCGAGACCGUUCACUUGCUCGGUGCCACCACUUUCGUCACCCAGGUCGAGCAGCCCACCCUGGCCCUCAUGGUUCCCCUUCUGGACCGUGGUCUGGCCGAGCGCGAGACUGCCAUCAAGCGAAAGUCUGCUGUCAUUGUUGACAACAUGUGCAAGCUUGUCGACGACCCCAACAUUGUCAACCCUUUCUUGCCCAAGAUGUGGCCUGCCCUGAACAAGAACUACGACAACCUGGCUGAUCCCGAGGCUCGUGGCAAGACGAAGCAGGCUCUGGAUACCCUUGUCCGCGUCGGUAACAUCCAGAACGGCAAGAUCCCUGAGCCCACGCACCACAGUGAGAUCAAGAUCGUCCUGGCACACCUCAAGGACGUCCUCUCCGUCAAGCACAAGAACGUCACUGGUGACAAGUUCAACCCCGUCCUCGAGCACAUCUCCGCCAUUGCUGGCGAGCUCAUCGACGAGAAGGACGUCGACUCUAGGUCCUGGGUUGACAAGCUCAAGACUUACGUCGCCGUGCUCGUUGGCGAUGACGCCGCCGAGGCUGUUAUCGAGUCCCUCCGCCAGAAGGCCUCUCCCGAGGCUGCUGCGGGCGGUGACCGUCCUGAGGAUGAGGACGACGAGAACCCCGAUCUGUGUGAGUGCGAGUUCUCCCUCGCCUACGGUGCCAAGAUCCUGCUCAACAACACUCGUAUCCGCCUCAAGCGCGGUCGUCGUUACGGUCUGUGCGGUCCCAACGGUGCCGGAAAGUCAACCCUCAUGCGUGCCAUCAACAACGAGCAAGUCGAGGGUUUCCCCAAGCAGAGCGAGGUCAAGACAGUGUUCGUGGAGCACGACCUUGACGCUGCCGACACUGAGAUGACCACCAUCGAGUGGACAAUGAAGAAGCUCGAGGAGGCCAAGGUCGAGGCUACUGAGGCUGAUGUCAGGGCUCGUCUCAACGAGUUCGGCUUCACCGACUACAUGAUCAACGGUCUCAUCACCUCCCUUUCCGGUGGUUGGAAGAUGAAGCUCGCUCUGUGCCGUGCUGUCUUCGAGAACCCCGACAUUCUGCUGCUCGACGAGCCUACCAACCACUUGGAUGUGAAGAACGUCAAGUGGCUCGAGGAGUACCUGGAGAACUCUCCCUGCACUUCUAUUAUCGUCUCCCACGACUCUGGUUUCCUCAACCGCAUUUGCCAGUACGUCAUCAACUAUGAGCGUUUCAAGCUCAAGACCUACAAGGGCAACCUGGAGGAGUUCGUCCGCAAGAACCCCGCCGCCAAGUCCUACUUUGAGCUUGGUGCUUCCGAGAUGGAGUUCACCUUCCCCGAGCCCGGUUUCCUCGAGGGUGUCAAGACCAAGGCCAAGGCUAUCCUGCGUGCCAACAAGAUGUCCUUCCAGUACCCCGGCACAAGCAAGCCUCAGAUUACGGACAUCACCUUCCAGUGCUCUCUCGGUUCGCGUAUUGCUGUGAUCGGACCCAACGGUGCCGGAAAGUCAACUGUCAUCAACGUGCUCACCGGUGAACUCAUCCCCACAGCUGGUGAGAUUUGGGCGCACGAGAACAUCCGAAUUGCCUACAUCAAGCAGCACGCUUUCGCUCACAUCGACAACCACCUCGAGAAGACACCAUCGGAGUACAUCCAAUGGCGAUUCCAGACCGGUGAGGAUCGUGAGACCAUGGACCGAGCCAACAAGGUCAUCACCGAGGACGACGAGCAGGCCGCCAGGAAGAUCUUCAGGAUCAACGGCACCCAGCGUCGUAUUAUCGGCAUCCACUCCCGCAGAAAGCUCAAGAACUCUUACGAGUAUGAGUGCUCUUUCGCCCUGGUUGAGAACGCCGGCCAGAAGAACGAGCGUGAGGUUCCCAUGAUGACUGCCGACAACGAGUGGCUGCCCCGUACCGAGCUGCUGGCUUCUCACCAGAAGCUGGUCGCCGAGGUCGACAUGAAGGAGGCUCUCGCCUCCGGCCAGUUCCGACCUCUGGUCCGUAAGGAGAUUGAGGCUCACUGCGAGAACUUCGGUCUUGACGCCGAGCUGGUUUCUCACUCUCGUAUGAAGGGUCUGUCCGGUGGUCAGCGUGUCAAGGUCGUCCUGGCUGCUUGCUCUUGGCAGCGACCUCACCUGAUCGUCCUCGACGAGCCCACCAACUACCUUGACCGUGACUCUCUUGGUGCUCUGUCCAAGGCCAUCAAGAAGUUCGAGGGUGGUGUCAUCAUCAUCACUCACAACUCUGAGUUCACCCAGGAUCUGACUGAGGAAGUCUGGGCCGUCAUGGACGGAAAGAUGACACCUUCCGGUCACAACUGGGUCCAGGGUCAGGGCUCUGGCCCCAGGCUGGACAAGAAGGAUGACGACGAGGAGGACAAGUUCGACGCUAUGGGCAACAAGAUUGUGUCGACCAAGAAGAAGGCCAAGCUGACUUCCAGCGAGGCACGAAAGAAGAAGAAGGAGCGUAUGGCACGACGCAAGAGGGGUGAGGAGGUCUUCUCUGACGAGGAUGACAUCUAA